GAUGUAUUCGUUUGUUUGUCGCAAAUAUUUAUCAAGCGAGUGCUUAUGAUCAACACUGUGCAGUUACACUUAAAUGUCAAAAUAAACCUGUGCACGCCAGUGCCAAAUUAUGCAUGAGUAAAUUAUGCAUGUGGCGUGUUAACAUGCACACGCCGUAGAGAGGACGUGCAUAUCUACAAACACCAGAGCUAACAACCAAGUGAGCUGCGUGCCAGAUGUCCUGAAAUUAUCAAAGAACCAAGAACCAAAAAUGACAGUUAGCACCACAAGCCCAAUAAAAGAAAUUUUAAAAAAAAGAAGGAAAAAGAAAAACAUUGCAAAAAAAAUAGAUGAGCCUUAGGCUGAAGGAAGUGGCUGUGGGUUUUUUCCCUCCCCCUGCACUCCAGUUGAGGGUGGGAAGGUUUAGAAAAGCAUUCUAGGCUGUGGCUGACUUCCUUAAGGGCUAGCUCUUAGGAGCUGUUUGGAAAAUCCAUUGCCAUACAUGAGUCAGGGAAUUGUUCUGGAGUGCACUGGAAUUUGUUCAUGGGGACGGCAUUAGCAGGCUCCCGAUUGCUCUGCCUGACAGAGUCGGCAGGUUUGCCGAAGCAGUUGUGGAACCUGAUUAUUCUCAAUUAGGGGAGCAUUGUCUGGCUGACAUCAUCCACCUCACACCGUCAUCAUCGUGGUCGCAACAUGGAAGCUAUCGCCAAGUUCGAUUUCACCGCCUCAGGGGAGGAUGAACUGAGUUUUCACACUGGAGACAUCCUCAAGAUCCUGAGCAACCAGGAGGAGUGGCUCAAGGCAGAGCUGGGGAGCCAGGAAGGCUACGUGCCCAAGAACUUCAUCGACAUCCAGUUUCCGGAGUGGUUUCAUGAGGGCCUCUCGCGACACCAGGCAGAGAACUUGCUCAUGGGCAAGGAAGUCGGUUUCUUCAUCAUCCGUGCCAGUCAGAGCUCCCCAGGGGACUUCUCCAUCUCUGUCAGGCAUGAGGAGGACGUGCAGCACUUCAAGGUCAUGCGUGACAAUAAGGGCAAUUACUUCCUGUGGACUGAGAAGUUUCCAUCCCUCAAUAAGCUGGUGGACUACUACAGGACAACGUCCAUCUCCAAACAGAAGCAGAUCUUCCUGAGGGACAGGCCCCGAGAGGAUCAGGGUCGCCGGGGCAACAGCCUGGACCGGAGGCCCCAGGGAAGUCCCCACCUCAGCGGGGCUGUGGGAGAAGAGGUCCGUCCUUCGGUGAACCGGAAGCUGUCCGACCACCCGCCCACUGCGCCCUCGCCGUUCCCCCAACUGCCGCCGCAGCCGCAGCCACUCCAGCGGUACCUGCCGCACCACCCCUUGCACCAGGAUCGCCGAGGGGCCAGCCUGGACAUUAAUGAUGGACACUGUGGCAUGGGAAUAGGCGGUGACAUGAAUCCAGCCCUCAUGCAUCGGAGACACACAGACCCUGUGCAGCUCCAGGCAGUGGGGCGCGUGCGCUGGGCCCGGGCGCUGUAUGACUUCGAGGCCCUGGAGGAUGACGAGCUGGGCUUCCGCAGCGGAGAGGUGCUGGAGGUGCUGGAUAGCUCCAACCCGGCCUGGUGGACUGGCCGCCUGCACAGCAAGCUGGGCCUCUUUCCUGCCAACUACGUGGCACCCAUGACACGAUGAACCUGCCGGUGGGUGGGGGAGGGGAGCCUGCAAGAGAGCGGACAAGAUGGGGGGAGGAAACCAGGCCUUGUGACCACCUACACAUAUGGGCACUGACGUGUGCACAUGUGUGUACAGGUGCACAUCAGUCUAUAAUAGUAACUUAUUGGCAGUUGGCUUGGUGAUGAGUUGGUAAGACAAGGACCUCGGGCCGAGAGCACGGCCACACUGUGCAGAGACACUGGGGAUGUCCGGAUGGGAUUGGGGGCAAGGCAAUGAACUGGAACUUUCUCCCAUCCUUGAGCUCACGCUGCUUCCUGCUUGGCCUGGCAGAACAGUGAAGCAGAGCCACAGCCAACGUCCGACUCAGCUCCGCAGGACCGAGUUGGAUGUGCCGGCAGGGUGCAUCCUAGCACAUCUGCCAAGGCCCGCGUGCCUGCAGAGUUGUCAGGGUAGCUCUCCUGCCUCCCUCCGAGGCGGUGCACGCAGCCGCAUGGAGAACCAGGAUGCAGCUGACCCAGUGACACCACAGGUGCACAAAAGCAAGCCUGAACUAGAUACAGGCAGGGCCAGGGCAGAGGGAGAGGCGCUAUAUACACAUGGGGCCAGGCCCCGCUGGGACUUGCACCCCUGAAAGGAGCACCUCCUGGGCUGUCCUGCUGCCUUCAUGGACAGGAGCAGACCGGAGACACUGCAGCAGCCUGGGAUUUCUGCAGAUCUCUGCAGGUUCCUGGGCCGUGUACGUUGGCCCAGCUGCGGAGAAUGCAACACCCUAGCCUCUACAGGGUAUGAGAAGCCGUGCCUGAGGACGGCGGCUCAGCGGUCGGAGGGAGCCCUGGCAGACCCCUAUGUGCUUCCCCCCUGAUUGGUUUGAACAUGUCUUGCCCCGUGGCACAUAGACAGGGUCACUGUAAGGGAACAGAAUGUGACCCUGUGCAAGGAGCUGGCUGGGUGAUCUCCCCUCUGGCCUGUGGGGAGGACUGACCCCCCAGGCUCCCUCUUUCUUUCCCCACACUAGAAUCCUGUCCUGGUUUCCACCUGGUGGGACCUUACAGGAAAUGUGGCCACAUAGAGGGCAUGCUGGAAUGUGUGUGUGCAUAUUUGCAGAUGUGUGUAUGCCUUACCCAUGUGCAGGUGCAUGUGUUAGGGAGAGAGGGCUGGGAGCAUGUGGUGG